UUUUUGCAAUGAUUAAUUAUCUUUCAAAACUUGUAUGAUACUGUAUGCCGUGUGUUAUUGUGAAAAUUUAAAAAUCUCUAAAAGCCAAACUAGCAACUAAUAUAAAACCUAUAUUUCAAAAAAACUAAUAUAAACAUUCAAUUGAAAAUAUCCAGAUUUGUAACUGAAAUUCUAACUCUGAAGUAAGGGAUUCAGCUCAGCUCGGUUUUUUAUGAGCAUGAAUUAUAUGUUCACGAGUUAUAUGAACGAUCUUUAACGAACAUGAGCUAACUCAUGAGCUUGACUGUUUUUAUAUAUAUGUAUAUGUGUGUGUGUGUGUCUGGAUGAUUUUUUUCUUAUGUAAGAAAAGAUAAUUUUCAUAUUAAUCAUGUUUAUCUUCUAAAAUUAAAAUGUAAACAUACAAAAUAUUAAAUAAUAUUGUUAACAAUCCUCAUAUUAUAUAUCUUUAGAAUUAAAAUGUAAAACAAAAUAUUUCUAAGAUUCUCAUGCGGAAUAUAUAUAUUUUUAUGAUUUAGAUGAAAAGUUUGAAUGAAUCAUCUUAAGACUUAUGUUGAAUAUAUUUUUGGAUCACAAAUUAAGAUUUUAUUUAAUUUUUUAUUAGGUUUUAGUUUUAUUCAUUAUUAAUAUUAAUGUUCUGGAUUUUUAAUAUUUAAAUUUUAAACUAUAUUAUGAAAAAUAUUUUAUUUAUAAUGAUUUUAUAAUUUUUAUUUUCAUAUUUGAUCGCGAGUUAGCUCAUUUAACUCAUGAUCUAAAUGAUAUGAAUUCGAGUUUACAUAUGAAAGCUCAUAUAAUAAAUGAGCUGAGCUGAGUUAAUUCAUGAAAAAUAUGAGCUCACUAUGAACUGCGCUGAGUUGAGCUAGCUAACUCAUUUUGACACUCUUACUCUAAAGUAUUUUUUUUGGUAUUACUGAACAUUCUGAGUAAUAUAUAUUGAUUUUUUUGGGGUCAAAUAUAUGAUUUCUCAAACUUCUUUUUUGCCCAUUAAUAGAGUAGAUUUGUAGCUAGAGAACAACAAAUAAUUCUAAGUAAAAAAUACAUUAAAUAUAUAUGGUCAAGUCAAAAGUGGAAGUCAUUUGUAACAUGAGUACUAUUUAAUAAUUUUACAAGGUAAACAUUCAAUGAAAUUCCAGAAAGUUAAUUAAACAACAAAAUUCACGUAUAUCUAAGGUAAUUAUAUUAUUUUGGGGGUCAGUCAAGGUCCGUCCAUAUAUCUUUUAGCUGACCCACAAAAAAGGAAAAUAUCUUUCAUUACAUAAUUUCUUUCCAUAUCAUAUUUAGAGUAUACAUAUAUAAACAGAUCUUCAUAAUCUUCAAAUCAUUCAUCUAGUUAACAAACUAUAUCAGAAAAAAACCGUAACAAAUAAUAAAGAGAGAUGAGUAAAUCCGUAGAGUGGUCUGGUUUGCCCGAAGAACUAGUCGAUGAAAUAGCCGGCCGUCUCUUCUCUAAAGUCGAGCUUCACCGAGUCCGUAGCAUCUGCAAACCCUGGCGUUCCGCGUCUUCGAUCCAUAAACGUUACCCCAAACGCCAUGACCGCAACCGUGUACGUGUGCUUUCUCCCUUGAGUAAUAUAAACUCGUGUUUACUCUCUCCCGCGGCUUUCUUCCGUGUGUUUCUUUCGUCCUGUCGGAACAAAGGAUGGCUUAUCAAAACCCAAGAUGUCUCCGAAACCCGUAAAAAAUUACUACACCCGCUCUCUCGUGUCCCCAUGGACUCUUCUCAGCAAACCUUAGAUCUUUUGGAGUAUACGGUCACAGAGAUCCAUCAGUCUUACGACGUGACUAAAUCCAUAUCGUAUAAUUUCGCUAGAGUUGUUUUAAUGGACAAGUUUGUUUUCGGGGUGAAUGACAAGAAGGAGAUCUGGUGGUGCAACAGUGAAGAAAGUAAUGACGGUAGUAAUAAUGUUUGGACAAGAGUUUCAGAUGAAGAAGCUGAGUAUUUCUCGGACAUCAUAGUCCACAAAGGUCAAAUCUAUGCCUUGGACCUAAAUAGCGCGAUAUGGUGGAUUAGUUUAUCCGAGCUCAAGAUUUUUCAGUACGGACCUUCGACUCCAAUGGACUACUACGAGUUUGAUGAUUGCAAAGACAAGAGGCUCGUGGAGUUUUGUGGAGAACUGUGCAUCAUUCAUCGUUUCUGUAAGACGUUUCGCGUGCGCAGAGUUAACGUGGAGAGGACUAUUGGUUUCAAGGUUUAUAAGAUGGACAUGGAGUUGGUUGAAUGGGUUGAGGUUAAGUCUCUGGGAGAUAAUGCGUUUGUCAUGGCGACAGAUAGUUGUUUCUCGGUUGUGGCUAGUGACUAUUAUGGAUGUUUGGAGGAUGCCAUAUAUUUUACUGAAAAGAAGGAUGUAAACAAUGUUAGUGUGUUCAAGCUUGGUCAGGGUUGUGUUACUAAGUUGGUGGAGUCUUUUGAGAAUUGUUUUCAUAUGUUUUAUCCUCCUUUUGUAUGAGAAUGUUGUUGUUUAUUUUAAUCUCAAAUCCUUAUAUUUUGUCAAUCAGAAUGUUUCUCCCUUUGUUAAUGAUAAUAAAUCCUCGUUGAAAAUGGAAUUCUUCUUCACUAGGUGGUAAUCUGCGCGGUGCACGAAGUAAAAUAGUUUAUUAAAUUGUUGUACUAAGAGAUUUGUAGUUAUAUAUUCGUUCAGAUUCAAUUGAUCUAUUCGCAUUUUAGAUUUUUAAGGUUAGAAAUUUAAAUCUUAUUCGAAUAUUUGCAAAUUUUAGUUUAGAUUUGGUUCGGAUCAUUACAGAUUCGGUUCGGAUUCGAGUUUAGAUACCUAUUUUUACUACAUAUUUUUUAACAAAAAUCCAAAUAUACUCAAGUCCUCAAAAUCCAAAAAUAAAAUAAUAUAAAACAUAAAAAAAUGAAUAAUAUAAGACUAAAUAUUUAAAUAUACAUAAGCAUUGAUUCAAUUUAAAUAUUUGGAUGGAGAACAAAUAAAUAUUAUCAGAAUUUUGAACAAUUACAAUUAUUUUUAGAUAUUCACUUGUGACUAUGUUGACAAUUUUAGAUAUUUUCAUAUUUUUAAUAUCUAAUAGAUAUAAAAUUUAAAUUAAUUAAUAUAUUUAAUUAUAUAACUGUGAAUUAGAUAUUUUUGUAUCUAAAAUAUUUUAGUUUGGAUUAGAUCCGAGUCUGGUUAUCUGUAUAUUAAACUUUUAGAUCCAUCUAAGUACGCAAUCAGUUUUACUUUCUCCUUAGUAUCACUUUCAAAUCUACUUCGGUUUGGUUCUUCGGAUCCAAAUAUUUUGUCUACCAGAUAUUUUAUCUAUACUUUCUUUCUUCUGCUAGUAUAAAGUAAAGUAAAAUAGUUGUAAAACAAAUAUUCUUGGCUUAUUUAACGUACAUAAUUAUUGGAUUAUACUUUAGAAUGCGAAUAAAAAAUGGUUGGAUGUCGUGUCAAUACUGUUGGGCAUGUUGCAAAAUUGGUGUAGUCUAUAACUAAUAACGUGUAUUUUCUUAUAAAAUAAUUAUUGGUAACUAUAGUAAACAAUGAUACAAUCAAGUGAAAGAGGUUAAAGUUGCGUGUAAAAUAAUGUGAUCUCUUCACUCGGCACUUAAAUUUUAGUUUAUCAAUCAAUUUCACGAAUUUUCUAUCAUUUUAAAGCUUUUCUGAUUUCUGAUUUUAUCUAGCAAUCUUAUUAUGUUUAUAAUUCUUGGUCUGGUAUGAAAACUUCGUAAAAAAUCAAUACUUGGUUAAACUAUAGAAUCAAUACUUGUGUGUAGUAUUUUUUUACCUCAGUUUCCUUAUUUCAUAACCAAUUACAAUUAUUUGUUGCUUUCAUGUACAAAAACCUCAACCAUGACCAUGUUCAGAAAGAUAUGAAACUUUGAGUUGCUAAGAAUAUUAUCAUUCCAGCAAUUUAGUUGAUGCGAAUUUUAAUGAUUUUGUAUUUCUGUUUUAAAACGAUAUUAUUCAAUAGUUGUACAGAGAUAAUUUCAAUUCAUUAAUAUAAAUUUUAAAAAUACAGAAACUAAAAAUGAGCUGAUUAAAAAAUAGUGUGUGAACACAUUAAAUUACAUGCGGUUGGGUUAAAAAAUAGUGUAUGAACACAUUAAUUGUUAAAUGAUUGUGAGACCGACACGUCAGCAUUUUCAAAUUAAAAUAGAUAUGAGGCUGAUACGUGGUAAAUAUAGUGUGAACACAUUAAUGACAAAUGAUUUUCUUUUAAUAGAUAGGAGAUUCUUAUGCGUCUUUUUCAUGUCGGUUUUCUGUGCGUUAAAUGACAUGGUGUUCAUUAGUAACGCUAAUGCGGCAGACGUCACAUGUCAUAUCAUAUCGAUUGCUAAUCAGUAAAACACAGUGACGAUUAGCCAUGGGCACAUGUAUGCAAUCGGAACCAAAAACCGAACGAAACUGAACAAAAAAAAAUGAAGUUCAAUUUGGGUUUGAAUCUCAUCAAUUAUUCGAGUAGAUGCUAUAUUUCUACGAUUGGAAAACUGAAAUCAAACAGUAACCGAACAAAAAAACCGAAUUAACACUCAAAUUUCUGUAAUAUAGUUUAUUACCUAUAUUUAGUUUCAAAAAAUUUUAAUAAAUCAAUAUACCAAAAACGAAUUAAUCAUAAAAAUAUUUUUAUCCAAAAUAUUUAAAAUUAUCUGAACCAUCCAAAUUUUAUAUAAAAAUUCAUAAAA